GUUGUGUCUUCUUGCGCCACCAUGACUGAAAGUGUUGCUUGUUGGCAUGACUUUUACGUAUUUAAACAUAUUAAUAAUUCUGUCAAAUGUUGUUUUGUAAUAUCACAAUUGUUUGUUCGUCGUAUGCUUAAGAGUUUUACACUUAAAAACGCUGAAUUAUAAAGGGCUAACAAAAAACGCAACCCUGUUAGCCUAAGUAUCGCGCGAAUCGCGCACUUUAACUAUGGCGACUGCUCGUUUCACCACGGAAAAGAGAACAGCGGCUCAUUUGACUGCAGUAUUGUACUCUAUAGUGAUAAGAAUGUUUAGUGCGCUCUUACUACCGGUUUUAAGAACGCGUCGACGACAGCUGUUCACCGGGACCAUGAGACAUCGCAUCCGGCCCGGAGUGGCCUUCUUUUUGGGAGCGGGAUUUGGAGUUUCACUUAGCCGCUUGUGGAGGGACCUAAGCACCGCCAGGGGCGAGCCGCAAAACGAUCUCCUGGCCAGAGUCCCGGUGGUCCCGGUACCGAGAGUACAAGCGUCGGAGCUGACGGUGAGUCCAGGAGGUUCGGGGGCAGUGAUGAAGUAUGGCUUUCCGUCCUUAGCCAAUAUCAAGACCAGAGAAUCCUAUGUCACCUCCUAUGACCCCCGUACCCGAACAGCAUCAUGGGUAAUCGAGAGACUAAACCCUGCAUCCCUGAGCGGCUCAUCAAACAGGAAGGGUUGUGAGUUCAGAGAGGACGACAGUAUACACCUGUUCCACAGGUCAACUAACGAUGACUACAGGGGAAGUGGCUUCGACAGAGGCCACCUGGCUGCAGCAGCCAAUCAUAAGUGGAGCCAGAAAGCCAUGGGUGAGACCUUCUACCUGAGCAACGUUGCUCCGCAGGAUCCGUCGGAAUACAUGCUUGUUGGUGUGUGUGUAUGUGCACAGAACUCUCACCUGAACCAGAAUGCCUGGAACAAUCUGGAGAAGAUGUGUCGUUCUCUGACCAAAUUUUACCUCAACAUCUAUGUAUGCACUGGCCCACUGUACCUGCCUAGGCAGGAGGACGAUGGCAAGCUCUACGUUCGGUAUCAAGUAAUUGGACGGAAUCACGUUGCUGUGCCAACCCACUUCUUCAAGGUCCUCAUCCUUGAGCAGGCAGACGGCCAUGGGGUGGAGCUUCGGUCAUACGUUUUGCCAAAUGAACCAGUUGAUGAGAAGAUCCCUCUGGAGCGUUUCUUGGUUCCUAUAGAAACAAUCGAACGAGCAUCAGGGCUCCUAUUUGUCCCAAACAUCAUGAAGCGCACUAGUAGCCUGCAGGCCAUUGCUGCAAAAUGAGCUGUAGUAAAACUAUUACCCAGAAAUGUUGCUACUUUAGCAGUCUGUACUACUGAGAUGACUCAUUACCCAGAAUCCUACACUUGAAAGGACUGAAGUAAAGGUGAAAAGAUUGUCAACUCAAGCUUUCGUGAUUUGCUAAUGUUGUGUUGUGAACUGGAGCCUUUUCAGGUUUCCGCUCUGAGGAGUCAGUGGAAUGUUGCUUAGAGCGAAUUCACGGUUUUGACUGUGCUUCAUGAGUUUGAGGACAAACGAGGUCUGCAGGACUCAUGCAGGUGUGGUUCAACUAUUCCAGAGAAUAAAGCUGAAUUUAAGGAAUGACA